AUGGCCGACUGUCCUGUGGAAGAAAAAGGCCCAAAGCAGAGCAUGUGGCAUAAACUGGGCCUGCGGAAAUGGCUGGGUCGCGACGAUCGAGAGUCAGGGGAGGACGCCCCCCGCCGUGCCUCUGCCGACAACCCACGCGCCAAACAAGAUAAACAGGAGAAACAGGAUAACAUCACACAGUUCCGAGCAACGCGAUCGCCUCGCUCCCCUCGACCCCGAACCACAACACCGCCGGGCCCUUUCCGCCGACCGCGAUCUCCUGACUUCACAGCGAUCAAGGUCUCCCCAGCCGUGGGCCCCAGACUUUCCGCGCCCGAGGUUCAGUGGAUCGGGCCGCCUACAACCACGGUCGAGUCACUUGAAUCGGAACCCGAACCUAAUGCCCAGGUCCCCGACUGGGACCCCUAUCCAGAUAUGGACGUGGAAUCCGAAUCAGAGGAGGAGAAACUACCGGAGGAAACACUCGAGUUGGAAUUGGAACAACGAUGGAUUUUGAACCUGAGCAUGCACUUCCGGGACCGGUCAGAGCGAGAGAAGUUCUUCGUGACGUACGCGGAGGCCCCGAACCGAUGGCGACGAGUUACGAUUUCAUGCGACUACCGAGACGCGCCACCCGACUCGCUGGAAGGAGAUCUGAAGGAGCUGCGAUAUCAGCGCGACAAAUGUGCCCGCAUCUACGAGUCCAUUCGUGAAUCCCUCCUCGAGAUCCAAUUCUAUGAUACUGUUACGAAUCUCAAGCUGGAGACGCUUGACGGCCGCUUGCACGUCCAUGUCACGGAGGACGUAAACGAAACAAUCCCAUACCCACCUAUCUCCAGCAUCGGUCACUUGGGGGGCGCUCGAUGCGUCCCUGAACACUUCCUACACUUUGAAUCGCAUCUAUCCGGUUUCGUUUACAAGGUCCAACUCGGUGGGCGGGCCUAUAUCAAGAAGGAAAUUCCAGGGCCUGACACAGUGGAUGAGUUCCUUUAUGAGAUCAAUGCACUACAUGCACUCAAUGGUGCUCCAAGUGUCAUCCAAGUGGAGGGAAUUGUCGUUGAUGAACGACGAGAUGUGGUCAAAGGCUUGCUGAUCAGCUAUGCUGAACAGGGCGCAUUGGUCGAUAUUCUUUACGAGCAACGUGGGAAAACGAGCUUUGCGAGACGCGAGCGCUGGGCUAGGCAGAUUGUUCAGGGUCUCUGCGAGAUCCAUGAAUCAGGAUACGUGCAGGGCGACUUUACACUUGCGAACAUUGUGGUGGACGCCUACGACAAUGCAAAGAUUAUCGAUAUCAACCGCAGAGGUUGUCCUGUGGGCUGGGAGCCACCCGAGAUUGCCGCCAAAAUCGAGAGCAACCAGCGCAUCUCUAUGUAUAUUGGAGUCAAGACUGAUCUCUAUCAACUGGGAAUGACUCUGUGGGCAUUAGCGAUGGAAGAGGAUGAGCCUGAACGACAACCACGACCACUUUUCCUUGGCGAGGAUGCGAUGGUGCCAGAUUACUACCGGCGGAUAGUCGACAUCUGCUUGAGCCCAACUCCACGACACAGGCUCUCUGCGAAAGAACUUCUCUUCAUGUUUCCCUCUGAUCUCCCGACAGCAAGGACAUCGCCGGCUGUUCAACCUAUGGAGAUUGUUGCGAACGACCCCCGGCACAUUCCCAUCAAACAUAACUGGGCUCACCCUCCGGCCUCUGGGAUUGGCUUGGCUCUACCUCGAGGCUUUAUGCGCCAGGCCGACCAAUACUCUCCCCAGAAAGAAUUCGUGGACAAUGCAUACAGUGAUUUGCAACACCCUAUCUUCGCUGAUAAUCACGACCCAGGAAAUCGAUCUACCAUCACACUUGCAGAAUGCAAUGGAAAUGCUGACUAUCCAUCCAAACCAUCUUCUUCAUCUACCUUGAAUCAUCACGAACCUCACAAUCCUCAUGGUUAUAUGGAUGUCUCUGAUCAUUCCAGUCGUGAUUUUGUGCCCGAUCUAUCUCGUGAGAACCCGGAACAAGAGAUUCUUCCGGUUUUACAGACAACAAUAUCACCGACGAGCAAUGGGUUCCACGACCAAAACCCUAAGCUUGAAGAGCCGGGUUUGUCAGAUGAGGUCGUGUUUCUUGAUGAUGCUCUUCUGCACAACCAACAGUCUUACGCCAAGCAACCGUUGACUGCCUCGACUCGUGAUCAACCGCAAACUGACGAACACAUCUCGCACACCACCCCUUCAAUCAUUCCAUCUCCUACUGAACCACCCCUAAAAGAACCUGCAGAUCAAUCAUGUGCGAAAAGCACUGACACCAAGCCAACGUCGCCAGCACUCUCAUCCGCAAUCCCGCCAUCCUCUCUUAUCCUCUCUGCCCUACCCAUAAACCCCGCUUUUGGCCCUCCUGACACUCCUGGCCCUCGAAACACUCUGGUUGACACUUCACCUGCAUCACCACCAAGGAGUAGCGGCGUGGAUCGACCAUUUGCAGGAGUGGUCGGUAUUAAACCUACUUUCACUACGCCACCACAUCCAACAUCCUCUCUUCCUCUCUGCUUUGCCCAUGAAUCCCUCUCUACCCUACCCUGGGAACUACCUACGCGAACCGAAUACUCCAACACCGGUGAAAUCAUCUCUCCCUGA